UUCAUAAGUCACAAAUAAACAAUUCUUUCAUCUCCCCAAAGAGAGUUGGAAAAAGGAGGGAAACACAUAAACCCUAAUAAACAAAAUCCUCCUCCAAUUUCCAAAACAACACUCUUCUCCUUUCCGCUACUGUUCAUCCCACUAGAAUCUCAAAGCAGAGUAAAGCUUCUUGCGACUGUUGAUUCGAGUUCGUGCGUUUCCUUGUGCGAGAAAUGUUGCAUUGAUAUCCAUAGCUUCGAAGACCGCUGUUUGAGUGGGUGAACACUUGCUUGUGUUGUGGUAAUCUUGAAAAGAAGAGACCCUUUUACCUCUUAGAAGUUAGGCACUUCCUGAACAGUAAUAAAUGGCGCGGCUUCUCCGAAACGCUUCUUCUCUGAGACGCUCUCUGUUUCCUCACCUGCAGGAACCUAGGAGAGGAUUAUUGGGUACAUCUACACAGAUGUACAACUUCUCUGCAAAAGCUAAAAAGAAAACAAAAGCAAGCGCAAGUGAUUCUGCUGAUGAAAAUUUGUCAAAGAAAGAUUUAGCACUGAAACAAGCUUUGGAUCAGAUCACUGCAUCGUUUGGGAAAGGGUCCAUUAUGUGGCUUGGCCGCACAGUUUCAUUUAAGAACACUCCAGUGGUGUCUACUGGAUCAUUUGCUCUGGAUGUUGCUUUAGGAGUAGGGGGACUUCCGAAGGGACGUGUUGUGGAGAUUUAUGGUCCAGAAGCUUCUGGAAAAACAACUCUUGCGUUGCACGUGAUUGCUGAAGCUCAAAAACAAGGAGGCUACUGUGUCUUUGUAGAUGCUGAGCAUGCUCUAGAUCCAUCAUUAGCUGAGGCCAUUGGAGUAAACACCCAAAAUUUGCUUCUCUCACAACCAGAUUGUGGUGAGCAAGCUCUCAGUCUAGUGGAUACCCUAAUCAGGAGUGGUUCAGUAGAUGUCGUUGUUGUUGAUAGUGUGGCUGCUUUGGUUCCUAAAGGUGAACUUGAUGGCGAAAUGGGAGAUGCACACAUGGCAAUGCAAGCAAGGCUUAUGAGUCAAGCACUUCGCAAAUUGAGCCACUCACGCAUUGUCAAUCUGUAUGAAUGGGAGGGGAAUAGCUCGAAAUCCUUUACUGAUAAGCUUUCAUUUACUCAGUUUGAACGAUUAUCCUGUAAUAAUGUGGUUGACAUUGAUAUGGCUGAAUACCUGAUAACUCGAAUACAGAACUUAGGGCCUGCCUAUUACAUGCGGAACUAUUUCUUUGUAUUAUUCACUAACGAGCUACGUCUAAUUGUAGUACGUCUUAAUGUUAGGAGAACAGGGUUAGUCAAGAAGGGGGAAGAGACAAUAGGAAGCCAAGUAAUCGCAAAGAUAGUAAAGAACAAGCACGCCCCUCCAUUCAGAACUGCCGAAUUCGAGCUAGAGUUUGGUCGUGGCAUUUGUCGGGAGGCCGAGCUCAUAGACUUGGGAAUCAAACACAAAUUCAUCAGAAAGGCCGGUGCAUUUCUUUAUUUGGGGGAACAAACUUUUCAAGGCAAGGAUGCUCUGAAGAGAUACCUGACAGAGAAUGAGAGCGCAAGCAACGCGCUCAUGAAUAAGCUCAGAGAGAAGCUUGUAGAUACCGACCCUGAAACUGAGAAUGAAUCUGUUACUGAUUCUGUCGAGGCUGCUGCUGCGAAUGAAUCUGAUGCGACUGAUGAAGAACCUGCUGCUGCUGCUGCUGCUGUCGAGGCUUAAUUAUGGUGCUGGAAUUAAAAAACUUUUGAUUGGGAAAAAAGGGAAAAAAAAUUCUGAUGGCUUUUGCUGUUAAUUAGUUCGUUUUGGGUUGACUUUCUUUGAGUAGUGAACUUUGCGUAAUCGAAACUUUUAGAUACUCGUUUCAGGUUGUGUGGAUCGUUAAAUUUUGGUGCGAUGGGGUUCAUAUCUGUUUUUUCUGAAGUGAAUUGAGUAACCAACUAUUGCUGAUGGGGUAGUUCAGCUGCAUUUUAUUAUGUUAGAAUUGAUAUAGGCCUGCAUAUUGGUUUAUUCAGUAUCAUGGAAAAUAUCAGUAUUGCAUUUUGUCAUUCUUAUGAAGUCUUGUGGUUGCUUGAAAUGUGAAGUGUGUGUGGUUGCUGGGAUUCUGUUGCCAAUAUUGUAAAAG